AUGGAUCCUGCCAGCAAAAACUUGUACCAAUCCAUACCUUCUGUUGGAGAUCCCGCCGACGUCAGAAUUGAGGAAAAAAAACAAACAGCCACUCCGGUUUCUUCGAAACAUAACAAAACAACACAAAAGUUCAGCAACAAACCAAACGAACGAAGGGAGAUUUCUUCGCACUACGUAAGGGUUUCCAUUGGGUUCUUCAGAUUUCGAAAUAUUCCUUUCGUUCAGCGAUAUGGGUUAUCAGAUUUCGGGGGUCAGGUUUCCUUCAUCGUCGCCGGUCAUCAAGAUUUCGGGCUGGGGUUUAUGGGCAACCCUAUAAGAUCAAGAACCCCAAAACAAACUGACCCACUUUCUCCUCACUCUGCAUUUCAGAUUCUCAAGACCCUCCUUUUGAGUCAUAGUCAAGAAUCCAUUUCCCCUGAUUUCAAGGUCUUGCCUUUCAGAAAGGGAAAGCCUUUGGCUGGCACGACCGCGGAUUCUCCGGCCGAUGGGACUAAUUGGCAUCUGGGUUGGUUGAGUUUGAGGGAGUGUAAGGAGUUCUUGGAGAAUUCAGAAGUGAGUCUGAGUGAGGAUUCGGUGGUUUAUUUGGGUUGUAAAUACGAGGGUGAUGUUGUCUAUUGCGCUAUUGAUGUGUCUGAUGCUAGCGGAUUGGUGAGUGAACUGGUGGCCAGACAGUUUUGCUUUGUGGAGUUAAGGACUCUUAUGGUAGCCACUGAUUGGGCUGAUGCAAAAGCAAUGGGCCAGAGGCCCAGAGCCCUGAUAGAAUGGCAUAACAUAGCUCGUUAUUGUGGAUCAUGUGGAGGUAAGACAAUCCCUAUGGAAGCUGGAAGACGGAAGCAGUGCUCAAAUGAGUCGUGUAAAAAGAGGAUUUAUCCUCGAGUUGACCCAAGGUUGUGA